AUGAUAAUAGACAAAGAUCAGAAGGCAGCAGUUAUGAUAGAUAUAGGAGUGACAAGUGACUUUGGGAAUUAUGAGCAACUAGAAAAGUAUCAGGGGCUGAAAGAGGAAUUGGAGAGAAUGUGGAAAGUAAAGGCCAAAGUGAUCCACAUAAAGGUUUUAGAUUUAAAAGGAGGCCAGGGAUAUUUGGAAUACUGCUAUUUGUUACCAAAGAAAAAUGAGCACUCAGAAACUCAAGAGGAAGAAAAACAAGAAGAGUCUGAUAAGAAUGAACAAAAACAAGCAAGCAACAGUGAAAAUGUGAAUUUGACAAACUUUCAUCAGAUCCCUACAGAUUUAGCCCAAGCGAUUAGUCAUGAUGUGAGCCUUCACGAUGCCACAGUGAUGGGAUCAGAUCACACUAAUGUAACAGACGUGGACAGGCUAGAGAUUUUACCCAACUUAAAUACAUCUCCAAUGAACGAGACCAACAUGUUAGAAUUAUUUGCAAAUGAUCAUUGCUGCACAAGUCUUACAAACCAAGAUUUCUUUUUCAGCCUGAAUGAAAAUGGAUAUGAGAAAAUACAUUUCAUGCCAUUAACCAUGGAAGGAAAUUUUGACUUUGCAGAAACCUAUCAUUUUGAAGAACGAGAUUCAGAUUCUGGACUUUCUUUAGACUUAAAUUACAGUAAUGCAUCCCUUGUAUUGUCUUCUGACAAGGAUGCCAACUUUGGCAUAUCAAAUGAUUCAGUAGCUGUAAGAGAUGGUUGCUUACAAUAUUGCCAUACAAAGCAUCAAAGCAAUUAUGACUAUGGGACAAAAUUACUAGUAGGUAUAUUCCAUGAUCAUACAUACAAUCAGGAUUUACAACAGCUGACAUUCUCAGUAUCAGAGGAUUACUUAAGAUGGCCAGAAGAAUCCAAAAGAACUGAAAAUGAAAAUGAUACAAAUCAAAAUUGUGAAUACCAGGCAAACCCCCUGAAAAUUCCAUUCUCUGUUUAUGAUAUAGUGACCUUGCCUGUAGCAUCUUUUAAUAGCAUGUUAUCAAACUACUACCUAACAGAUAAUCAACGGUCACUCAUUCGUGAUAUAAGACGAAGAGGAAAAAACAAAGUUGCUGCUCAAAACUGCCGUAAACGUAAACUAGAUGCAAUUAUGAACCUGAAAGAUGAAGUGUAUCGUCUUCAGAAGCAGACUGAAAAGCUUGAGAAACAGAAAGCACAAUACAAAAGGUCAAUUCGCAAUAUAAAACAAAAACUGAAUGAUCUUUGCUGGAACGUUUUCAGUAAAUUGAGAGAUGACCAAGGAACAAUUAAUACAAGCCAAUGUGCCCUUCAGUGUUGUGGAAAUUGUACUAUAUUAUUCUUACCUAAAACAGAAAUCAACCAGGAGUCCCCAAACUGA